AUGGCGUCGAAUUCGAAUCCUCCAUAUGCACCAUCGGGGCAGCAGCAUGUCCCAUCCCAGACGCAAACUUCACUAAAUGCACAGCACACGGUGCCACUCCUCUCCGAGCUCGACGACCCGUUCCCCCCUCUGACAGAGAACUCAGCAUUGCCAGAGCCAAUAAGCUAUGCUUCCAUAGAAGUGAAGACCACCAGAGGCAAUCCUGUCACCCAGCGGGUUGAUCCCUACCAUCUCGCUCCCGAAGAUGCAUUUUACACAUCCGCAUCGCCUCCACGGCACACCAACAAUUGCACUACUGGGCCGGGAAGUGAGCUUCCAGAUUCAAGGCCUUCAAGGCAGUCUCCUCGUCUCGCAUCUGUCGUGGGGGGAGGCGGCAUUGCCCGCGCAACCAGCGGUGUGGGGAGUAGGAGUCGCAGCCGGCGACGAAGGAAGCGGACGUGGAAGAAACUGCUUUGGGUGAAGCAGUCAUGUACGACCGACAUUUUCUAUUCCUGCACACUGCUACUGGAGACCAGGCUGACCAGUGCAGACCCCGACAACUAUACUGACCAGGCCACAUUUCUGGAGAAUCUUCAGCGUAACCCCCGCCUACAGCCGUACGAUUUCUGGCCGCUUGUCGCCGACUCCACCGUUAUAGUGCAACACGUGUGCUCGGUGAUCAUCUUCAUUGUGUGCUUUGUAGGCAUUUUCCAGGAGCGCGUGAGUCCGGUCUCCGUGGUCGGGGGGGGCAGCUUUGCGACCUGUUUGGGGUGGCUCCUUUGGGAGAGAUGGGCCAGCGAUGAGGAUCCCGAUGCGGAGACAGAAAAUGCACUUCGGCUGGCAGGUGACAGCGGUCCGAGCGGCGAACACAUGCAGCAGAGCCGUGCUCCUCGUGGGGCCGAUGUGCUAGCAUCCCGGCAGCAGCAAGUGGCGACAAGUCUCUCUCGCUCUACAAUAGGCCUUGCGAUGCCACACAGCCACAAGAAUGGGCUUACAAAUGGCAAUGGCCAUGUGGGCGGCAACGGCAGCCCGUCGUGGCAACCGCUGUCGCAGUCCACACCGGCAUUGUCGCUCGUCUCGGCGGCCUCCGAAGCGGUUAACGGACACGGACGUAGGCCAGAACAGACGCCGGCAUUUCCACCGCCACGACGAACAUUGGCUCCGAUGCGGCGGGGACGAACUCGCCGCCGCGUUGCUGCGAUCAAGUCGGGCAUGCUGAUCUACUUUACGCUGCUAGGGCUGUCACCCAUUCUCAAAUCACUGACGCGGUCUACGUCGUCCGACAGCAUCUGGGCCAUGUCGUUUUGGCUGCUGGCCAUCAACAUAUUCUUCUUCGACUACUCGGGGGCCUGGGUGGGCGCGCACAAGUUCCCGGUCGCGUCGCUCUCGACUAAUGCGGCGCUGAUGGCGUCGACAGUGCUGGCCAGCCGGCUGCCGUCGACCGGACAGGUCUUCAGCCUGACGCUCUUCAGCAUCGAGGUGUUUGGGCUCUUUCCGGUAUUCCGCCGCUAUGCGCGCCACCGCAGCUGGCGCUACCACGUCUCCCUGACCGUACUGCUCGUCCUCGGUGCCGGCGCUGGCGUCGGCAUCAUAAUAGCGACGGGUGGCAACAAGGGGUGGCCAUGGCGACGGGCACUUGCAGGCAUGACGGUGGCCUGUGUGCUCUCGGCCGUGGCGAUGGGUGGGUGCAGCUGGUGGCUGAUUGGGCUGCAGAAAUACAAGAACGAGAUCUACGGGCCGUGGGAUCCAGCACGGCCGGUCAUCAUCAGCCGGCGACACUGGAAUGACGUGUGA